AUGCCACCGCCGACGAUAAUAGCACCUUCAAUCCUCUCCGCCGACUUUGCAGCACUCGGUCCGGAAUGCGCCCGUACGAUCAAAGAGUACAAUGCCGACUGGCUACACGUCGACAUCAUGGACGGUCACUUCGUACCAAACAUCACAUUCGGCGCACCCGUCUCUCAGCCAUCCGCAAGCACCGAACCACAUCGCUGGGCAAAGACAUUCAGGGACGCCGGCUGCGAUCUAUACUGCUUCCACUGGGAGGCGGCGCAGGGGAGUGCGGCGGAUGAGCCGGGUGAAGAGACAGGCAAGAAGACCAGUCCGAAGGAGUUGGUGCGGUAUGUGCACGAGCUUGGUAUGCAGUGUGGUGUAGCGAUAAAACCUAAGACGAAGGCGGACGUGCUGUGGGAUUUGUUGGAUGCUCAGGACGAGAAGGAGAGGCCAGACAUGGUCCUCGUGAUGACAGUCGAGCCGGGCUUCGGCGGGCAAAAGUUCAUGGCGGACAUGAUGCCCAAGGUACAAGAGAUAAGGAAACGAUAUCCAGAUCUGAACAUCGAGGUCGACGGAGGGCUGAGCACAAGCACGAUAGGUACAGCAGCAGAGGCUGGCGCAAAUGUCAUUGUUGCCGGCAGUGCUGUCUUCGGGGCAAAAGAUCCAAAAGAGGUGGUCAGUGUACUGAGGGAAACGGUAGAGAAGGCCGGGUUUGUGCAGGGUCGAUUAUGA